GCAGCGGGUACACGCAACUCUUCGCUACGCCACUUGACAAUAUUCGAAAUCGACGAGAAUGACAAAACAACUAAAAAGAGACUUUAAAUGUCGUUCAACGUGCCGCUAUUGGAUUGUUUUUUCUUAUUUUAAAACCAAAUGUUUUCUUCACUGUGGGCUACAUAUUCGAAAGCAAGUAGCACGCGAAGACGAGAAAAUGGAAGACAAGAAGAGGGAAGAAGGCCUACUACUACACAAGCUUCACUGAAAACGCGCGCUGCGCCUGUAGAUGGCUCCAAAUGUACGAACGCUAUAAUGCGGAAUGCUUCAGACUAUUAAAAGACAUGGGAGGAGAUUUCAAAUCAGACGGAGUGCUCAGAAUUCCAGAUACCCAGAAUAUUUCAGCCCUAUACCGCUCUGUGAACAGUGCCACGGCUGAUGACAAGAUCACAUUCCUGCAUGUGGCCACAAAGCAGAUAGUGAGGCUGUUGAACAAUUCAAAUGUGACCAACACUUGGGAUGAGACGAAACUGGACAACCUGCUCAACGUUCUCAACCAGCAGUCUACCAACCUUGGAGAUUGUGCUGCACAAGUGCCGACAAGAAUGUCUAAAUACAGAAAACAACUGAAGAAACACUUCCGUAGCCUGAAGAAGUUCCUGAUAGAAAUGAAAUACAGCAAGCAGUCAUGGGAGCAGAUCAGGAAAGAAGUUGAACGUCAUCUACACCGACUGCUGUACCUAGCCAACACAAUGGUGGAGUACUGAAGAGGCCAUGGCACACAUUGGAUUUAGUAUUUUCAUUUGGUUUGGGGAUAUUUAACUCCCCACAAAAAGACACACAUUCUGAAUUCCGAACAUUCAAUCAAGCUUCUUAGACCAUGCAUUGAGAACAAACUAUUUAUUGUAUUUAUUUAUUUUAAUUUUAUAAUGUAUUUAUUGAUAAGCUGUAUUUAUUUUUGUACUUGAGAAAUGCCUGUUUAAUGUAGAUCAUUAAACUCUUUAUGAUGUAA